AUGGGGGAGGAGGGCAGGGCCCCGUGCCCAGUGUCCUUUUGGCAGCGGCUGAAUGCGCUCUUCUUCUACACGCUCUCGUGUCUGGGCGCUUUUGCCUUCUUGGCAGCUGCGACGACAUACUUCCACGAGGCCGAGCCCCGGGUCUCCCUGCAGCUGGAGCGAAUCAUGCUGAGGAGGAUUCAGAGCGCCGGUCACGACCAAGCGAUCCUGAGUCUGGCGAUCGACGCGGACCUGCGCUCGGUCUUCAACUGGAACGUCAAGCAGCUGUUCGUGUACGUCACCGCCGAGUACGAGACCCAGGCGAACGUCCUCAACCAGGUCGUCGUCUGGGACUCCGUCAUCUCGGAGCCCGAGCAGGCGCACAUCAAAUCGGACCUGGUGGUGAACAAGUACUCGCUCACCGACCAGGGCUUCGGCCUCCGAGACAACGAGGUCAAGCUCGUCCUCAACUGGAACACAGUGCCGGCGACGGGCUUGCUGACCCUCUCGCACGCGUUUGACCAGAUCCACACCUUCCAGGUCCCCGCGACCUAUGCCUAG